AUGGAAACAAGUAUAGCCGAAUUAAAAAAGGCCAUACAGACACUUAUAGAUAAUAGACAUACUCCAAAUCAACAUAGGGCAUCAUAUAACAUGACACUAAACAGAAGAGGAGAAAAUAGAGGCUCUG